AUGAGGAAGAACGAUACAGAGGUCACCAGUUUCAUUCUACUGGGAUUUACUAACCGGGAUGAUAUCCUGGUUGGCCUGUUUAUUAUAUUUCUCCUGAUUUACGUCUUCACGCUAUUGGGCAAUAUUUGCAUUAUCGCCGUGACGCUCUUUAACGACGGCCUGAAUAAGCCGAUGUAUUUCUUUCUGGGCAAUCUCGCCUUUUUAGACAUCCUCUAUUCCACGGUCAUUGCCCCCAAAAUGCUCUCUACCUUUCUGAUGAAAGACAAAUCCAUCACGUAUUCGGCCUGCGUGGUUCAGAUGUUCCUCUUCGCAACGCUGAUCACGUCGGAGAGCGUCCUCCUGGCCAUCAUGGCUUACGAUCGCUACCUUGCCAUCUGCAACCCUUUGAGGUAUCCGGCCAUUAUGACCACCAGGUUCUGCGCCUGGCUCGUCUGUGGGGCUUAUCUGAACGGUCUCUUCCAGUCCUUGUUUCACACGUGUUUCACCUUUCACCUGACCUUUUGUAAGACGGAAAUAAGUUACUUCUUCUGCGACAUGCCGCCGCUGCUCAAACUGUCCUGCACGGACACCACAGUCAAUGAAAUGAUCCUGUUCACCUUCUGUGGGUUCAAUGAGGGUGGCUCCGCCCUUGUGGUCAUAGUAUCUUAUUUUUUUAUAAUUGCUUCUCUCAUUAAAAUCCGCUCUGGACACGGCAGAAGUAAAGCCACAUCGACUUGCCUUUCCCACUUUGUAGUGUUUACGUUAUACUAUGGAAGCCUAUUCUUCAUCUAUCUGAGACCAGCCGGUAGCCGUUCCAUGGAAACAGACAGGGUGGCCUCUGUGGUCUAUACGGUGGCCAUUCCAAUGCUGAACCCAAUCAUCUACAGCUUAAGGAACAGCGAUUUUAAGAUGACAUUCCAGAAACUUUUGUCAUGGAAAUGUUCACUGUUGUAA